AUGACAGCGGUUGCAGAAACUUUCAUUAGUAUCGCUUGGGGCGUUCUGUCUAUAACUUCUUCUUUAUACCUCCUGUCCUACUUCAACUCCCCACUAAAAGACUUCCCGGGACCGAUCCCUGCUGGUCUCACAAACCUGUGGCGCUUCCUGGAUGUCUUCCAUGGCCGGCCUGACAAGACACAGCUGGAGCUGCAUAGGAAAUAUGGCAGUGCUGUGCGGAUUGGUCCAAAUGUCAUCAGUUUGUCGGAUCCCGGUCUGAUCAGUAAGGUGUAUACGACGAAGGGGGCGUGGAGGAAGAGUGAUUUCUAUACUGUCAAUGACGCCCGUGUUCACGGAAUGCGAGUGCCCAACGUCUUCUCCAGCACGGACGAGAAAUGGCACUCGAUGGUCCUACGCCCGAUUCGUCAGGCGUAUUCGAUGACGCAAGUCCUCGAUAUGGAGCCUCAAAUAGAAGUAACUAUUGAUCUUCUAUGUCAGAAGUUAGACGAGAGGUUUGUGAAACCAGGGAUUGCAUGCAACAUGGCGGACUAUUUGCUCUACGCUGCAUGGGAUGCUAUGGGCCAAGCAACCUUCUCAGGAACUCUUGGAAUGCUUGAAAAAGGAUACGAUCCUACCAAAAUCAUCCAGACUGCGAAGAAUACCAUCGACUAUUUCGCCUGCUUCAGCCAAAUGCCGAAUGUCGACAAUGUUCUAGGCAAGAACAAAAUAGUCGAGGCCAUCUCCCCUUCUGGCCUCGGCUGGGCAGUAAAGUAUAUCCAGGAUAUGUACAUAGAACGGAAGAAGGAGUCGCAAGCAACAGCAAGACCAGUUGACUUCAUGGACCGCGUCCUCCAAGCACAAAAGAAGUCCCCAGAGAUUGUCGACAAUGGAAUGGCAACCAUCUACCUUCUAUCCAAUGUGCUAGCAGGGAGCGACACUACAGCAACAGCUAUGUGCUCUGCUAUCUACUACAUCCUAAAGCACCCCUCCGUGCAUAGCAAGCUACGCGAGGAGCUGGACUCUGCCAAUCUACCCUUCCCCGUGAAAUGGAAAGACCUUCAGCACCUCACUUACUUCACAGCCGUCAUGCGUGAAGCAAAGCGUAUCCAUCCUGGAGUAGGGAUGCUCAUGGAGCGUGUCGUCCCAGCAGGCGGCUUGUGUCUCCCAGAUGGCCGUUUCGUACCUGAGGGUACCAUCGUGGGUAUGAACCCAUGGGUGAUCAAUCGAGAUGCGGACACAUUUGGGCCGGACGCGGACCAUUUUAUUCCUGAGCGAUGGUUGCAGUUGUCGGGCGAAACGGGCGAGGAGCAUCAGGUACGAGUUGCGAGGAUGCAGCGCGCUUUCUUGACUUUUGGGGCUGGUUCGAGGAGUUGUAUUGGGAGGAAUUUCAGUGAGAUGGAGAGCGAUAAGAUUGUGGCUACGCUCUUUGCAAAAUACGAGAUGGAGUUGGCUUAUCCGAAGGAUACUUGGAAUGUUACCAGUCUGUGGUUUGUUCGGCAGGAUAAUAUUGUUGUUAACUUGAAGGGUAGGGUAUAG